CAAAUACGUACUGCAGAACACCAACAAAAAAAAUGCAGUUCUAUUCAGGAACCGCACAACCAAUUAACAUCCUCAACUAUAACUUUACUAUUACUGGUUUAUCAUUAACAUGGACCUUUUUUAUUGAAAACGAAGUAAACGGAACUAUCACCUACAUUUUCAAGUAGCAACGCCGUCUACGAUAGGCGGGUACUUUGAAAAAAUCAUCGGCGUGUAAUAGGUUCUUCCCUCCGAGCUAUAGGCUUUAUCUAUAAAUUCUUUUUACAUGUCUCUCAGUGGUAGUGCGAAGCUGGUAUCAAAAAUGGGUUUUUUACAAAGCUUGACUGUCGUCCUCAUACUCAUCAACAGUUUGAAAGCAAGGACCUUACUUGGACCUCUUACAAAUCUAAAAGAUAUAUCUAAAAAUGAUAGUGACGGAGCCAGCGAUGAAGCAAAUGAUGUUUCAUUAAAAGAACCAUACGUUUCAGAGGAAUCUGUGGAAGAUAUCCAAAGUGGAUUAUUUCCGGUGAAACUUGAGAGACCAUCCGAAAACAACAUCCAUCUCAUAGCCCAUACUCAGCAGGAUGGAAAUGCCAUUCAUUUCCUUCCCACACAACAAAAUGAUCCGAAAAUUCUCGAGAAAACAAUUGAGCAGGCUGAGUUCGAACAAGGAAAAUCACCAGAACGCCUUUUAUCUCCGAUAUUAAUAAGAGAAGAUUCCCCAGAUCAAGUCUUCGCAUUAAAACAGGAUGUGUAUUCUUCGAUGAAAGAAGUUCAACCAUUACUGGUACAAGAAACAUUACCAUCUUUAUCCAAGGAAGUUGAAUCAAAACACUUGAAAGGAAUCGCUCCUGAAUAUAAUCAAGACAGUUUUCAGCCUCUUCCAGCCAUCAAGCAGGAGAUCGAAUCUCUACAAUUAUCAGAUUGUAUCAAAAAAUUACAAAGUUUCUUCCCCAACACGUUAACCAAUCUAGGGGAUGUCCUUUCAACGCACGAACACGAUACUUUACCACCAUUGCCUAAUCCAAUGGGAGAUAUAAAAACCGAGCAAUUGGAAACGUUUGAAAAGGGCAAUCUUGGCGAACUUCAUGAGCCUUUACCGCCAACUUUGACCCAAGUGAAACUUCCAGAUCAAUCUCUCAUGCCGAUUAAAGAUUCACCGACCAUUCCUCCGGUACCAAAUCCAGAUCAUGUUCUUUCUUCGCAAACGUCUGAUGGCAAAGUUCUUGCAGAAGCUCCUUUGCCCAUUACUGAAGAACAUUUUCCAGCUCCUGUAGUUCCUUCAGGGCCAUAUCCUGCCGAAGUUUCUAUUUUGAAGGAAAUACCUGUUGCUCAUGUGGCUGAGCCUCUCCCACCUCUACGAAAUGGUGUUUUUACUGCCAAAUAUCCGACUUCGCUAGAGCACAAAGUACAGUUACCUAUGGGUUCUCCGUAUAUAACUGCUAGUUAAUAUUUUCAGCAAAUAAAUAAAAACGAUCUGAAAUUAUUUUCGGAAUAUUUCGUAUCAAAAUUAUUUGAACGAUGUGUAUCUUCUUGGAGAUGUCAUAAAAUUGAAAAAUCAUCUAGUUUUGAUUGUCACUAAUUUCAUUGUUCAAAGGUUGCGAGUGUUUAAGGCUUUAUAAUAUGAUAAUGUCAUUAUUUAUUUU